AUGGCAGCUGAUCAACUUCACAUUCACUUGAUAUCUCUCAAACAAGGCAAGACGACCCAAGAUGUGAUGCGGUCGAUCAUCGAGACCCCCAUGAUCAGAGGCAAACCUCAUGGCUGGAUCCAUCAACCGCAUUCCCUCAACAAGAAUCAAUUGCUCCAGCAUGACUGGAAUCUGUUUCUCGUGACCAGAGAGCCAAAAUUGCCAAACGCAGCGCUAGAACACAUUGAAGCUCACCUUCGAAUUCCCUUCUUUAUACCAAAGGACCGGUUUGAGCAGCUUCGGUCAACUCUGACAUCUCAGCCCAAGGCUUCUGAUAAAACGCCUCCACUACCACAAGAGUGGCAGGGUGGGGGUAUCCCAGCAUCCGCCAUUACCAACCCAAAGAAUGGGCUGCUUGGAUGUGGCGAGCUUCGUCUUGAUCCAUCUAUGGCUGAUUUUCUGUCCAACGCGUUGCCUUCUGAGCUUGCCAACAAGCCAGUCAGUCUCUUCAACUUGUUCAAGUACAAAGGAAGCAGUGCUAUCCACGACGACUAUAUGGAAGACUUCAAGAAAGGCUUCGGUAACUCGGCUGGAGCGACAGUACGCUUCAUGGGCCCGGUAGACGGAGCUUUGAUAUCCUCGGAUGGCAGUCGUGCUGAACGCUGCUGGGAUGAUGUAAAUCUCGUUCAGUAUGACACCAUCUGGCAUUAUGCGUACAUGUUGUCGACAGAUCUGUAUGCUCCGAUGAACAAGAAGAAAGUCUCUGGUCUGGAUGAUACGUGUAUUCUUUGUGUAAGCGAGAUAGAACUUUGGAAGUAG